AUGCAAUACUGCCCUACUAGAUACACAAGCCUGCCUGCCUGCCUGCCUGCCUGCCUGCCUGCACUUUACUGUCUGGGAUCCCCUGCGCAAAGAGUUACUGCUCUACUCUACCUACAUGCACCUACGAGUCUAACUGCAGACUCUCUUCACAAGCAAUCACUCGGCACCUCCCUCCCAACACUCAACCAGCCAGCCAGCCCAUCCAUCCAUUCCAUAAUCUACGCGCACCACGUGCAUCCACUCACUCCACAAGCAUUCUUUUUCCCACCACCUCGGCAACUCGCUCGCCCCCAUGCACCCAAUCGCGCGUCAACACCAAACACCAGCUGGGUUACGGCUACCCUCCCUGCCACUGCUGCCAGUGCUGCUGCUCCUAUCUCAACCCAAACUCUCACCUCCGUCUUCUUCUUCUCACGCCCCCCACCCACGUCCAAUGUUCCCUCAUCGGACACGAUGGCCACCACGACUACAGGGACAGCAGCAGCAUCAGCAUCAGCAACAGGAACUACAACAAUCGCUACACUACCACAACCAGCAGACUGGCAGCUUGCACAUCAACGCGCCCAGCAACGCAUAACUACCCUCCAGGCUAAUCGUGAGCAGGAGGUCGCCUCUCAUGGGCCCAUAGGUGCUUUAUUCACGACUCGAGGCGGUGAUAUCAAGACUGGUGCUAGGCCAGCCUUUCGGGUAGGACAGUUGGACACUGAGCUCUUAGACGAGGAGCUGUUGGAACUGCUGAAAGGGCAGCUGUGGAAUGGCCUCAAGUAUUUUCGGCCGUCUCUGAAAGAGAAUUGGGAGCCCGAGUUCAUGUUGCUGCUUCGGGCGGCAUUAUUCAAGCUCACGAUUUGGGACCAUAACGCGACGUAUGGCGCCGCCCUCCAAAACCUCGUCUAUACCGAUGCGCGACGAUCAGGGCCCAUUGAUCAUCCACCCACAGUUCUCCAAAAGUCUGCGUACGGCCUCAUGACCGUUGGCGGGCGAUACUUCUACCAGCGGCUACACCUAUAUCUCCUAUCACACUCCAAUCCCGAAGACUCUACUCCCUUGACCGAGCGCAUGUCGCGCAUGAUGGACACCCUCUCAACCGCCCACUCCACCGUCUCCUUCGUCUCCUUCGCCGCCUUUCUCCUCACCGGCCACUACCGCACCAUCCUCGACCGCGUCCUCCGCAUGCGCCUCGUCUCCCCCUCCCACAUCGUCUCCCGCGAAGUCAGCUUCGAAUACCUCAACCGCCAGCUCGUCUGGCACGCCUUCACCGAGUUCCUCCUCUUCAUCCUCCCCCUCAUCCGCGUGUCCCGCUGGCGCCGCUGGUGGUCCCGCGCCCUCCGAAAGCUCCGCGGCUCCAACUCCGCCGACCCCACCGCCGCCCAGGGCGAGCUCGCAUUCCUGCCCGAGCGCACGUGCGCAAUCUGCCACAAGGAGACCGACACGUCGGGUGACUUUGGCGCCACGGGCGGAAAGGCGACCGAUGUUGUCAACCCGUAUGAGGCGGUCGGGUGCGGGCAUAUUUACUGCUAUGUGUGCAUUGCGGGCAAGAUCGAGCUCGAGGAGGGCGACGGGUGGAGCUGUCUCCGGUGCGGUACUAUCGUGAAGCGGUGCCGGCCGUGGCGUGGCGGGUUGAAGGGCCUUACGGGGGUGGGCGACUGGGGCGAGGAGGUGGAUAGGAGGAAGGUGGGGUUCGAUGACGAGGAGGAGGGAGAGCUGGAGAGUUAUGGGGAGCUGUACGAUGAGACGGACGGCACGGAGCGCGCGGAGGACGAGGAGGAUGAUCUGAGUGAGGCGGGGACGGAGAGGCCGGAUAUGAAUAGGUUGGGGGCGAGCCUGAAGAGGAGGAGUGGCAACUCGUUGUGGGCGGAGGAGAGCCUCGAUGAGAGUGCGUAUAAUACGGCUGAGGACGAGGAUAAGGAGAGUGAGGAUGAUAAGAGGGGAAGGUCGUAG